GUUUCCACAAGGCAGAGGGGAACCAGAAACACUUACCAGUCGUGAGCGUCAAAAUAUACAAAGCGCAGCAACAGAGCGACCGAAUGGACCCGAUCAUCUUCACAUCACGGUUGAAACUUACGCUUGUUACAAAAGCGGAAAGAGGAAGUCCGGAGUUCGAGUGGUUCCAUGAACUGCGCAGCAACGAAAAGACUACGUCAUGGAGCAUCUAUGGCCAGUCGAAGUCCAUUGAGGACACGGAGAGAGUCAUGAAAGGUUGUCUGCCGACCGAUGAGGGAGAGAAAAAAUCAUACAGAGUCGCCUAUGCCGUGCACAAGUUCCUUGGGUCAAUGAAAGGUUCUGUUGAAAGCGAGCCGCAAGCCGUAGGGCAAGGGGAAAAAUUAACAGAAUUUGUCGGUCUUGUCACGCUGAAAUCGCUGGAUCAUAGUACCCUUGCAUUGCCAGAGGAUCUCACGUUACCGGCUGUAGCUGGAGCUACAACACUGACCGUUGAGCUCGGAUAUAUGUUCUUACCCAUCGCAUGGGGUAAAGGUUACGCCACUGAGUCGGUGGAAGCAGUAUUUGAGUCCUGCAAGAGGGCGCAAUCUUUUUGGACACCCUUCUCAAAGCUCUACGUUAGAGCAAUUGUGAAUGAAGGUAAUCCAGCGAGUUUGCGAGUGAUGGCUAAGGCUGGAGUGAAGGAACGUGGUGUUUAUGAUUGGGAAGGGAAAGCUGUAUUCCUUGGUGGAAAAUGGGAAGAGCGGUGUCGUCUUCAUAUAUUUGGUAUCUAUCUGUUAGAAUGA